UGUCUGUCUUUCUUUCUCUUUUUGUGUGUGUGUGUGUCCUUUCUGGGUCUCAGUUAUCUGCUCUCCCUGUUUUAUUUUGGUAAAUACUUUUCUUUGUGCCUCAUCCUGUCUUUGUUCUUUUCCUGUCCUUGUGAUGGCCUGCUCUGCUGUGAACUGUUUGUGCUCACCCUGGCCUCCCUUGCGUAAAUUUAUUCUUUGUGCUUUCCUCCAGUCUUGAUCAACUAGCCAGUUUUUCCACUUCCUAUUGUGUGUUUAGUGGUUUCUCGUUCAGACUGGCUUGGUUAUAUCUUCAGUUUGAUAUUCUGCUUCUCCCCUUUUGUUCAUCUGUAUGUUUAAUCAAGUGAUUACAACCUCACCUCCCUGAACCAUAAAAAAGUGAUUUUAGUUUAAGUUCAUUGAAUAGAAGUAGGAUUGUGAUUGCUUUGUGUGUGCUCUAAGGAAGCCUAUUCAACAGUUUUCUUUAGUCUGAUUCUCCACAGAGUCAGUGGAAGUUCUGAUAGAGACCCCCCAUCCCCAUAAUUUAUUGCAAUCAUGUGCCUUUCAUUUUAGCUGAAAGGGUUGAUUCCUGCCAAGCAGGGGUGCAGUGUUUCUGGAAAUAAUCAGCCGAGAGGAGAGGUUAUAAAACUGUUAGACAGUUUAAGUCACCCUGACCAGACUGGAGUUAAUGAGGAUAUAGAAGGUGUGUGUGUGAACCUGAAAAGCUCCUUGUAAAGUGAACCUGUUAGGCAUUCAUUAUUUAUCGUGAUCAAGCGUUGCCAUGGGUCUCCGUCUACUUAGGAGGACUUCACGAGUUUGGCACCAGGCCUUGAGUGUCAGUUUCUACUGCCAAGUGUUUCUGAGACAGCCUGAAACAAAGAGUCCAGACUCAGAAAUACAGAGUUAUUUCCUGGGAAUAUAAAUGGAGAAACUGACACAUUGUUCCAAAUCUAAAGUCAGUGCAAGGGAUGGAAGAUGCAAAACAUGUCACUGACACAUGACAAGAGAAAACACCAGACUAUCACAGAGCCAACACAAAGAGACAGACAACCAUUUGCCCUCACAUUUACACCUCUAGGAAAUUUAGGAUCAAUAAUUAUCCCAACCCCACUAACUGCUUGUCUUUGAACUGUGGGAGGAUCCCAGAGGACCCGGACAGAAUUCACGCAGAUACAUGGGAGGAACAUGCAAACUCAUCUGAGGUGACUGUGUUAAGUACUGCACCACCGUGCUGCUUUUCCCAUUUGUGUACUAAACAUUCUUACACCAUACACAAUAUAAACAAAAUCUCUACCGUGGUUAAAAGUUUGCAAGAACCGAAACUGCUUGGAUAAAAGUGAAGACAGUUUGGAUAAAUGCAAUGGAAAAAUAACAGCACUCAUGAAAAUGCUAAGUGACACCUCGGUUUGGAGCAGCUUCUAAGGCUGACUUCAUUUAAGGCGUUCUUCACUGAUUCAUUUUGCACUUCUAUUAAACUGGAGGGCUCACAAGAGACCACUUAAAACAAGAAUGAGUUUUGCCUCCAUCUCUGUGCGGGGAUGCUUUGGCUGUCUAUAUACAGAAUGUAUAUUAAUAAUAUUAUUAUUGUUAUCAUUACCAUUAAGUGAACAUUUGUCCUGCUGGUGAUGCUAAAUAAAAGGGCUAGGGAUCACCAGGGUUAUUAGGGUUUGUCUUAUGGAUAUCUGGUAGUUGUUGACACAGUUUAGUUUGAAGUUCUUAGAAAAUAUAAGAAGAGUCUCACUGCUUUGCACCCACUCAAAACCACUUUGGACAUUUAUUUGAGCAGUUAUUUUGAAGCAUUAUCUAAAUGAACCUUAAUUAAAUUACAUUUUAAUGGAGACAUAAAAAGUACAUUUGUACAAUCACCAGUUCAAUCUGAUAAAUGCAGCUUCAAACCUGCUGACUUUGCUUCAAAUUUAGGUUUAACAAGCUUUCCUAUUUUAACUUGUACUUUCACCCUUGUAUUUGCUGUUUUAGCACAGAUUUCAGUUUGAUUUUCUUUCAGUGGCAUCUUUCUCUCUCUUAUAACAUCCCAGGCCAAACCCUGCCAGAUAAAAGAAACAGUUCUCACCUUCUGAUGGAGGUAGCAUGGCAUAAAGGAGUGGUUCCAAGGGCUUGGCGAAGAGCAGGAGGUAUUCUGAUCCCUAAGGAGAAGAACUUCUCAUCCAUCAGCCACUUUCGUCAGUUUAGCCUGCUGAAUGUAGAGGGAAAGAUCUUCUUCAGUGUCUUGGUCCAAAGACUAUCUACUUUCUUGCAAAGAAAUAACUAUGCUGACAGAUCAGUGCAGAAGGCCAGCAUCCGGGGCUUCUUGGGAUGUCUGGAGCAUGCCACCGUCAUCUGGCACCAGAUUUAAACUGCCAAGAAAGAACGAAGAGACCUUCAUCUGGCCUUUUGAUCAGUUCUGCGUGAGAUCUUGUGGAUGGAUUUCAACUAUUUCAGUGUACCAAACAACAUCACAGGACUGGUCAAGACCUAUUUUCAGGAUUUAUAGUUUUGUGUGAGAGCUGAGAACACCACCACAGCCUGGCAGCAUCUGGGAAUUGGAGUUAUGGCAGGCUGCACGAUUUCUCUUCUGGCAUUUAUCAUGACAAUGGAGUUGGUCAUGCGGGCAUCUUGGUGGGUAGCAGGAGAUGAGAGACUCAGUAGUGGCCUUCGUCUUCUUCCCAUUAGAGCCUACAUGGAUGACAUGACCAUCAUUACGAAAACAAAACCAUGUACUAGGUGAUUGCUACAGAAGCUCCGGGAAAACAUCGAAUGGGCAAGAAUGGAGUUUAAGCCAAGUAAAUCUCACAGCAUCUCCAUCAUAAAAGGAAAACUGACAGCCGAGCAAUUCUAUAUCAGUGGAGAACCAAUUCCAACAGUCUUAGAGAAGUCCAUCAAGAGCCUGGGACAGUGGUAUAAUGCAGAUGUGGCAACUUGAACAACUAAGGCAGAACAUGGCUAACGACCUCAAGCGGAUUAACAACACUGCACUCUGAGGGAAACUGAAGCGCUGGUGCUUCCAGUUUGGGUUAUUACCCAGACUACUGUGGCUGUUGACAGUGUACGAGGUCUCACUCAGUCAUGCCAAUCAACUAAAGAGGCUAAUGAGCUCCUACAAUAAGAAGUGGCUCAGACUUCCUAAAUUCCUCAGCAGAGUUGGAAUCUACAGUGAACGGAUACUGUCAUUGCCUAUCCCUAAAUUGAGGCUUGAGAUCACACUCACGGAAUUCCGGGACCCAAUAGUGAGAGGCACUGCUCCCACCCUAGCAACAGGGAGGAAGUGGACCCCAGCCACAGCUGUGCCACGGGCCAAAUCUGCUCUUCGCCAUUGUGACGUGGUGGGUCACGUCCAACUUGGCAGAAGAGGAUUUGGUCUUGGAGCAGUAACACCUCUGUGGCAACAGGCAUCUGUAACCGAACGUCAAAAAAUGGUGGUGGAGGAGGUACGUCGACAGGAGGAAACAGUAAGACAUGCCAGAGCCAUAGCGCUGGCCAAGCAGGGUCGCUGGAUGAAUUGGGAGAGUUUUGAAAAGAGGAAACUCACAUGGAGUGAAAUCUGGGGAAUGGAGUCUAAUAGGCUAAGUUUCAUCAUCCGAGCGACAUACGAUGUGCUACCUUCCCCAAUAAAUCUGCAGCUGUGGUUUGGAAAGGACCCAUCUUGCACCCUGUGUACAGUCACAGCAACACUCAAGCACAUCUUGGUUGGUUGUAGGACUAGCCUUACUUAGGGCAGAUACACAUGGAGACACAAUCAGGUCCUCAGGUGUCAAGCUGAGAAAAUUGAGAGCAAGAUAAAAUCCAUCAACGCUCAACCUUUCAUGAACCAAGAGGAGCGUCAGUAUUCAUCAGCAUUUGUCUGGGAGGGGGACAAGCCGAGGACUAGCCCUUCAACCUCACUGAAGGUUGCCAGGGAUUGGCAGAUGAAAGUGGACUUGGAUCAGAGGCUAAUUUUUCCCACAGAGAUUGUAAGAACUACUCUGCGACCAGACCGCGUCCUUAGGUCUAACUCCCAAAAAUUUGUGUACGUAACUGAGCUGAUGGUACCAUGGGAGGAAGCAAUUGAAGAAGCAUUUGAGCGUAAGACACUGCGCUAUGCCAACUUGGCAGCUGAGACAGAGGACAGAGGCUGGGAGAUCAAAGUGUGCCCGGUGGAAGUGGGGUGCAGGUGCUUUGUUGCCAGUACAACAGCAAACCUGUUUAUAGAGUUUGGGAUCAGAGGACAGGCACGACAGCAGGCUAUAAGAGAAUUAGCUAACACUGCUGAGAGGACCAGUCACUGGUUAUGGCUAAAGAGGGCUGACCUCACUUGGGUAGCUAAGGCAGUCUGCUAGCCGUGAGACACACACCCAGGUUGAUUGAUCAACCCGUGGUGGGCCUGCCUCAGGAGAGGGUGUCAAAAGGGUAGAAAACCUAACAGUAGAAAUUUUGCUGGUUGACUGAUACAGCUGGCUAAGAGCCUACUGGGAACUGUGCAGUUCAUGAAAGUGAAACCUAAAGGAGGAAUGAAAGAGAAAAAAAGAAAAAGAAAAAAAUGUUCUGCUCUUCCCCCCUCUGCUCUUCUUCCCUUUUCUGGGAGGCAGUGGGGAGGUAGAGCGCACAGCCCGAUCCAGCGGGGAGGUGCGGGAUGCCAGGCACUCUCUGCUCUCUCCUAUCUUGUCUCUUUUGUCUUACUUCUCUCUAUUACCUUUUCUAUUCCUUUGAAGAAGUGAGGCUCCAUAAAUAUUAGAGAGGAGAGUGAUGGGCAGGUGGAUGUGGCUGCAGUUACAGGCUUAUAAAGAAGAUCGGCCUAUGCUUCUCAGAGUGGGAAGUCUGACAUAGAGACUCACAGCUAUUCAAAAUAACUUUUAUCCAGCAACAAAGUCAGAGAAUUGAACAGCAAAGUGUGCAACCUGUACAACAUUGAUACUGAUGGUUUUAUUUUUGCCCUGCAUUAGUAGGUUUUUCAUGAAUAUUGUGGGUUUUUUUAUAUGUAUGUAGGUUUGCCUUCCUUGGUGAAAUAUAUAUUUAUGUAUCUUUUACUGAUUUCAGAUGAAGAUCAUUUUCCCCUUUAUCCCCAUUGUUUCUUUAGUCCUUUUCACUAUUGACAACAAGUCAAUUUGGAGCCCAAGUUAAAGAUUGAAUCCUUUAUAAUUUGAUCUGAGGGUGCAUGUGUGGUUCUCCAAAGAAAGAAAAAACACACUGGUUCAUCGUUCAGUUCGCAGUAAUGACUCCGUAAGAAAAGUCUUACAGCUUUCUCAUAAAGUGUCAGCUGUUUCUCCUUCAGUCAAGCUGAAAAUACAGCCUCAACGGCAGUUGCAAAAGCUUCAUUCACCAGCAGGAAUUUAUUUUUUUAAGUUCUGGUCUUUCAGUGCUUUAUUGACAGUGUUUUUAGUCUGAAGCUGACUCUGCUUCCUCUCUGGAGGUCAGCUGUGUGACAUCUGGCUGCAUCAUGUGUCAGACACAGACACACUGUCUCCUUGGGACAGUUGUGCACAGCUUUUGUCCUUUUUGGAGAACCGGCUUACUUUUGAGAACCAGAUGUUAUGUAACAAAAUUUGCGCUUUUCACAGUGAAGCGUCUUACUGCUGCUUUUGAUCGUUCGUUGAUAGUUUAUAUUUGUGAUUCUGACUCUGAACCAGAGUUUUGUAAUAAUAGGUGUGUUGGGCCACUCUUGUUUUUCUAGUGGAAACGACUGAAAGGGCUUAAUUUGGGUAUCAAACCUAAGAAGCAACACUUUGAAUAAAUAGACAUCUCACUGUGCCUUUCAAAGACAGAUUACUAUACACAAUUAACAAAGGAUUUAGAAUAAAAAGAAACUCCCACACAAUAUUUUUUUUUUACAAAACAAAAGUGCAAGACCAAUGUGUUUCUUUCUUUGCUGAAGAAUCUUCCAGCAACAUCCAGUUUCUCCUGUUCACUGUUUGUAUAACUGAAUGAGGUAUGUGCAAACAUUAAGGAAGUUUUGAUGUUGGUUGUAGCUUAAUGUUUACUGACAACUGACACUGAGGUUUUCCCUGUCUGGAUAGCUAAUACAUUUUCCAAAAUGUAACCUUUCUUUUGAGACUUAUGGCUCUGUAUCCCUUCCAUGAGAUGAUUUUCCUGUUGUGUUUUGUGAUGCAAUUCUCCACUAAGCUUUGAGACAAAUAAAAAUAGGUUAAAGGUUUUGGCUUAACUUCAUAAUCACGUCUUUGUCUCUCUCUGUGUAACUUUUUCAAACUUUUAAACAGAUUGCAGGACAAUAAAUAACUUUUCUUUAGAGCAGCCUGUUAACCCUCUCAGGCCCAAAUUAAUUUUUUUGUUGCUAAUGCACAACCAAGUCCUGCAGUGGUACUUCUGAGUAAAAAAAACCUCAUUAAAUAUGUAUGUGGGGUAAUCAGGUUGUUAGUUUUUAACUGUUGCAAAUCUGCAACUUCUGCCUGGAGAGGGUUAAGGGUCUUUCAUGAUCACUGGGCAGAAUCCUUAAGCAAACAAAAGUCAUGCCCACAUGACUUAUUCCACAUCAGACACAUAACUUUUUAAGUUGUUGUUUUUGUUCCAAACACCUUUAUUCUUUGGCCCAGAAAAAAGUUAAUCAUUUCAGCGCUCAGUUAAAUGUGUGCUGCAUCCAUGUGAAUGAUCUGAAAAGACUUCUCACCCGAAAGCGACAGACCUACAACAAUGAUUCAGCACUUAGGACUCCUGGUAGCUUAUCCUGUUGUAUUUGCUGCCAUUUUUGUGUGUGGUAUCGGUGGGACAUUUCAUUAUGGAUACAGCGUGUCUGUGAUGACCUCCCCCUCUGUUUUUAUAAAGGAGCUGGUGAAGCAAACAUGCGUGCAAAGAUACGGUCUCUCCCUGGAGCCAUGGCAGCUUUCGCUCAUCUGGUCCUUCACAGUGUCCAUUUUCUGCAUUGGGGGUUUACUGGGGUCGCUAGCAGCUGGUUCACUGGCGUCAAAAUUUGGCAGAAAGCGAUGCCUUUUGUUAAACACCUUUGUGGCUAUACUUGGCAGCGUGUUGAUGCUCUUGAGUAAAACAGCCAUGUCCUUUGAGAUGAUCAUGGCAGGACGAUUUUUCUUUGGCAUUAAUUCAGGAGCCAGUCUUGCAGUUUAUCCAAUGUACGUCAUGGAAAUCGCUCCUCGGAAGCUGAAAGGGAUUGUUGGCGUGUUCAUUGGUUCCUUCAUGUCUUUGGGGAAGUUCUCUGGCCAACUGCUGGGGAUCAGUGAGUUACUUGGUACAGAGAAGCUGUGGCCCUGGCUGCUUGGUUUCAUCGGUUUCACUGGGUUGUUUCAACUCAUCACCCUGUUCUUCCUGCCAGAAUCUCCCAGCUUCCUGUUGCUGGACAGAGGAGACCAACGAACCUGUGAAAAAGCUUUAAAGCAGCUUUGGGGCAAUAAGGACUACAGCAGAGAGAUUGAGGAGAUGCUGGAGGAGAAAGCUGCCCUGCAGAGUGUCCGCAGCUACUCAGUGUUGGAGCUGAUUCAGAACAAAACGAUCCGCUGGCAGCUGAUCACUGUCGCUGUAACUUUCACCUCAGUGCAGCUCUGUGGCAUCAAUGCUGUGUACUUUUAUUCUUUUGAUGUGUUUCGUGCGGCGGGAAUCCCAGAAGAAAAGUUACGAUACACUGCCUUGGGGACCGGGCUCUGUGAAUUUUCUACUGUUGUAUCCUGUUUCAUGAUUAUUAACAGAACAGGAAAAACGGCCCUGCUCUUCAGAGGCUACGCAGGAAUGUCUGUGACACUAGUUUUCCUCACCAUCACUUUGUACCUGCAAAGUCAGGUCUCCUGGAUGCCGUACUGCAGCAUGGUCCUUAUUUUCCUCUGUAUAGUCUUUUUUGCCAUUGGUCCAGUUGGAGUUACACCUAGUCUUCCAGGGGAACUCUUUGCUCAGCCUUUCAGAUCGGCUGCGUACACAAUCUCUUGCAGCCUCAACUGGUUAGUCCUGUUUUUGGUUGGGAUGGUCUUCCCCAUCCUAGUGGAGAAACUGGAUUACUUUUGCUUUCUCAUUUUUCUGUUUUCUUGCUUCAUCUGUGGGCUUUAUAUGAAGUUCAACGUCCCCGAAAUCAAAAAUAAGACACCGCUGGAGAUCGCUGCAGAAUUUGAUAAGAUGCAUUGCAAACCCAAAAGAGAAGACGUCACUGAGAAGUACGCCAAUAGAAUCAUAUCAUACGAAACCAAACUGUGAUUAGAUUUAUUAAAAAAAAUGAAAAUAUGCUGUUAAAUGUGCAGCUUGAAUUAGUCACUGUAUGUCAGACAGACAGGAUAUGAAUGACGUUAAUAAACUUUUAGGAUUAAACUGGUCAUCAAGGACAUAGCACAGAGGUGGGUUUUUUUGUUUUUGUUUUUUUUUACUGAUGAAGGACAUUCACACUGCACCAACAUAACUGUGUAAUACAAAAAACAAAUAAAUGACAGAAAAGUCAUUUUAUCUACUAUAAAAACGUAUUUUCUUUUUUUCUUUUUCUUUCUUUACAAUGGGUACGCAGUAAGAUAAAAAAACAAACAAACAAAAAAUUAAAUAUAAAAUAGGACAUUUUCUGUCAAUGAAUAAUUUAUUUCUGUUUUCAUACCUGAACUUUUUUUGUAAUUUUUAACAUUUCUGUCAAACAUUUUCUUACAGUUUAUACCCGAACUUUCUUUCAUUUACUACAACAGUAUAGUAUAUGGCGUAGAAAAACUGAGCUGUGCUGUUGUAACUGCACUUCUUUUUCUUAUGUUAAGAUGUCUUAGGGAUUCAGUGUGUAGUUAAAUGUCUUUACACAGACAGAAAGGAGAGUUUCACUGGUCCAGCCCACUUAUGAUCAAAGUGGGCUGCAUAUGGCCCAUGACCCAUAUUGUGAGUUUGACAUUACUGACACGUUAUAGAUCUUUCACUCUUGUUUGAUUAUUAAAAAAAUGAUUUUAAAGUGAGUUGUAGCAGCAUUUUUUUCUAUUUGCGUUUUCUUACUUUACUCUAAAACUUUAAUAUCAGACCUUAAAAUAUUGUUGUGUUUGCUCUUGUGCUUUUUGCUAUAAGCUAUGAUUUUUAAUUUCUUCUCAAAUGUGGUAAAUCAACCAUAAAUUACACAGUAAUAUUUAACUCGUCUGAAACAUGAUGCAUUUCUAUAGUUGAAACUGCUCCACAGUCUUUUUCCAUCCUGACCAGUUGUAUCACUGGAGUGCCGUUUAAAUACUGAUGACGUUUUUCCACCUGUGUGACACUAUAUAUAGAAAAAGAGGGUUGGUUAUGUCAUGGUGGUGUGUCAUGCAGAUAAGUCCCAGCCCAAAGGGACUUACAGUACAGCACAUAGAGAAACAACCGCAGUACACAAACCACAAAUGUACAAAACAUGAGUUUUACAAAUAAUAUUUGCUACAAAACAAACAAAAAAAAACAAAAACUGCGAAGCUCAAGUUUGAUGUAAGUUACUAAAAGGUGAAGAGAUUUAAAAGCAUACUUGAAAACGCAUUUUCUUAUUUUUUUUAAAGGGGCAAUGCAGUUUAACAUAUAUGGAGCAUGAGACAGAUGUGCAGCACAUAGUAUACAGCUGUUGCCUAUUUCCAACACUUUUCCCUUGUUGGGCUUUUACAUUCACAAUGCAUAAACAAAAUGACAACAUUCAAUUACGUAAAAGCACCUGUGUGACACUAUACAUAUGAAGUUAACAGUGUAAAAACGAAGAGAGGGAGACUGAAAGAGAAAUGAAAACGAUUUCCAAUGUAUGGAUGCUUGUAUACAGUUUUUCUCUUCCUGGUGACCCUUAAGGCUGCUUUGUGCAUAAAUGUGAGGAUGAGGAUGUGUUUCUGGGUGAAAUUGGACAGUAUGUCUCCAAAUUGUUGCUGCUACUUUGAGCGCAUGCUGCUGAUAACGCUUCUGCACAUGAAACGCAAACCAAAUGAUUCAUAAAUCAAAUAUCAGAAAUGUUUUGCUUUGAUACAUGCAGCGUGUACUUGAGCUGCUCGAGUCGCAGCGGGACUGACAGCCAUCAGCAAAACUCCCAUUAGUUACGCACACAUGUAGCCUGUGCACAUGUGUGUGCCUCUGAUAACACAAUCUACCCACUCCAAGCUGAAAGCUCCGCAGCACC